AUGUCGCAAUCACAUCUCGGGGAGCCGUUCUCGCCGUCAAAGAUACAUCCGCUUCUGUCCCCACAUGGCACUACCUUCUCCGGCCUUAAUUCCGUCGACGCAGCAUUAAAUGUGCCGCUCCCCCAUUCUCCGCAACCUCCACAGCACCAGACUCCGGACAGCCACGCACACCAUCACAACACCGAUAAUGCACACUCGGUAGCAUCCGUGGAUCAAAGCGGCAGUGCGCCUGCCCAAGCCUCCACUCGCAAUCCUGGUGAUACCACGGACGAGCCGACACGGACCGAUCCGCAAGCUUCCAUAAGCACCGCGUCUUCAAUCGAGAAUCUCACCACACUUCCCAAAAAAUCGUUCCGUGAGCAUCGCGAGCAACGCAAGAGCAAGCAUCGCAAGAACGCCUACUCUAUCGACUCAAUCCCACGCCAGACCAUCCUCAAGGCGCUCCAGUCGCGACCCCCACCUACGUCACAGGAUCCCAACGCAGCCUCCAUGGAUGGGCUCGUGAUGGGAGGUUCAAAGGACGAACCGCUGAAGACGCACUCCUCCGAAAUGGCACAGCAUCGCCUCGCUGAGGCCCUUUCGGAACUCGACUUGCAUUCAGCUGAACUAUCCAGCAAGAUGGCUGCGCUAGCCUCACCUUGCUUCUUCCACAAGAAGUUUGACAAGGCCGUCAACCUCGACAAGGUACUGGAUGAGAUGGCCGACGAUGCGAGCAUCUCGCACUCCCGCCUGAUGCAAACUGCGACGAGUGUACGCGAGGUCUCAAAGCAGCUCCAACGCCGCCCGAUCAAGAUGACCAUCCGCAAUGUGAUGAUCGUCACUAAGGCGCGUGACAACCAGCUGGUCCAUCUCACGCGAGAGCUAGCUGAGUGGCUUCUGUGCACUCCGCGCCACGGCUCAGACGUCGGGGUAAACGUCUAUGUAGACCACAAGCUUCGCAAGUCGAAGCGUUUCGACAUGCCUUCCCUCUUGGCGAAAGAUGCUCGCUUCGAGAACAUGCUCCGCUUCUGGACGCCUGACCUUUGCUGGGAAUCCCCCGAGAAGUUUGACCUUGUGUUGACACUUGGUGGAGACGGUACCGUCCUCUUCACGUCAUGGCUCUUCCAGCGCAUUGUGCCGCCGAUUCUUUCCUUCUCUCUUGGUAGCCUUGGAUUCCUUACCAAUUUCGAAUUCGACCAGUACAAGGAGGCUCUCAGCAAGAUUCUAGGCGAUGCAGGUAUGCGUGUCAACCUCCGCAUGCGCUUUACAUGCACCGUAUACCGCUACCAGAAGAACCCUGCGCCAGGGGCAUCGCAGCACAUCGAAGCUGAGCAGUUCGAGGUGCUGAACGAGCUUGUCAUUGAUCGCGGCCCAUCGCCUUACGUCUCCAACCUGGAACUCUAUGGCGACAAUAACCUCCUCACUGUCGUCCAAGCGGACGGGUGCAUUUUCUCAACCCCGACUGGAUCGACUGCCUACUCUUUAUCCGCAGGUGGCUCCCUCGUGCAUCCAGAUAUUCCCGCUAUUUUGCUUACACCUAUCUGCCCGCAUACUCUGAGCUUCAGGCCUAUGCUGUUGAACGACAGCAUGCUCUUGCGCAUUGCAGUGCCCCGCAACUCCCGUGCUACCGCCUACUGCGCGUUCGAUGGCAAGGGUCGUGUGGAGCUCCGCCAGGGCGACCAUGUCACUAUCGCCGCCUCACAGUAUCCUUUCCCCACAGUGCUGUCGCAACCCACAGAAUGGUUCGACUCCAUCUCUCGUACUCUGCGAUGGAACAACCGCGGCGCCCAGCAAAAAGCGUGGGACGGCGAUGCGGAAGAGAAAGACGGCGAGGAGCAGGACAACGGCUUCGAUAUUGACUUUGAUAACGACGAAGCCGAUCACGAUUCUAGCUACUCGACUGAGGGAUCGCAGUCCGGCGGCAGAGCGAGUCCCAUCAGGAAGGGCAUGGUGCUGCCUUUCCUAUAA